CAGUGUGCAGUCUCCUGUCAGCACAAUAAGACGCAACUUCCUGGAAUCACAAGAUAUCGUUUUAAAGCCAUAUUUUAAAUUAGAUUGCCAGUUUGUUGGGUACAAUGGAUUUAUCCGAAUGAUAUGCAGCAGCCAGAACUUGAGAAAUGGCUCUUUGUCAUCGAGUCUACUUUCUGAAAUCACCUGAAGAGUCCAGCACAGGAUAAGAUUUUAUAUACUGCAACUUGAGGGACCAUUGAAGAUUAUACCGUGGAACUGGGACUUGGAUUACCUGAAUGUAAUAUAUACUGGAGCUGAUGAAGAGGGCACGUCCCCGCUGAAUAUGCUGCAUGGAACAACUACUAACCUCUCUCAGUUGUGAAGCCUGGACUUAGUGAUAUACUAUAAGCUACAAUAUGUCCAUCCGGAGUCUGAAAAAGAAGCAGCAGAAGACCUUCAAAGUGAAGAUUGUCACAAUGGAAACAGACAUGGAGUUACAUUGUGAGAUGGACUGGAAGGGAAAAGACCUCUUUGAUUUGGUGUGCAAACAUCUGGUACUGAAAGAGACUUGGUUUUUUGGUCUACAAUAUAUGGCAAGUGGGGUAGACACCUGGCUAAAGCUGGAUAAAAAGAUUUUACAACAGGAUGUUCCUAAGGAAGAUCCCCUGAAGUUCCGCUUUUUGGCCAGAUUUUACCCAGAGAAUGUGUCUGAGGAGCUGUUUCAGGACAUAACUCAGCAUCUGUUUUUCCUUCAGGUUAAAAAGCAAAUCCUGGAUGAAGAAAUCAUUUGCUCUCCAGAGGCAUCAGUUCUUCUAGCAUCAUAUGCUGUCCAAGCGAAGUAUGGCAAUUACAAUCCUAACAUUCACCAGCCUGGAUUUCUGUCUCAAGAAGAAUUAUUACCAAAGAGAGUUCUCCAACAAUAUCAGAUGACAUCAGAAAUGUGGCAGGAUAAAAUAACUGCAUGGUAUGCAGAACACAGAGGAAUUGCUAGAGAUGAAGCAGAGAUGAAUUACUUAAAAAUUGCACAAGACCUGGACAUGUAUGGCAUGAACUACUUUCCUAUUUCACAAACUAAGAAUGAUUCUGAUAUGCUGCUUGGAGUAGAUGCCAAAGGAAUCCAUAUUUACAGUAGAAAUAACAAAAUAUCCCCAUUAAAGUCUUUCAAAUGGGGUGACAUUCGAAAUAUUUCUUAUAAUUCCAAGAAACUGAAGUUUACACCAGUUGAUAAAAAAGCUGAAACUAUCAAAUUCUAUUCUAAAGAGCAAAAUGUGAAUAAACUGAUUCUGCAUCUCUGCAUUGAAAAUCACAAUUUAUUCUUAACGAAAAGGAAGGUGGAUUCAAUUGAGAUGCAGCAAAUAAAAAUGCAAGCCAAAGAAGAAAGAGCUAGGAAAAAGAACGAGCAUCAGAGACUGGUGAUGGAAAAACAGCUGAGGGAAGAAGCAGAGAGAGCUAAAGAAGAUCUUGAGAGAAAGCUGUUCCAGGUAGAAGAAGAGGCAAGGCAAGCCAAUGAUGCUUUGCUCCGGUCUAAUGAAACAGCUGAGUUACUAGCAGAAAAAGUACAGAUUGUGGAGGAUGAAGCAAAGCUACUAGCUCAGGAUGCAGUGGAGGCCAGGCAAGAACUGCAACGCCUUGAGUUGGCAGUGCGCAAGAGUAAGGAGGAGAUGCGGAUGAUGGAGAAAAAGAUGAGAGAAUCUGAUAUGAUCACCAUGAAACUAUUCCAGGAAUCUGACAGAAGAGCGAAGGAAGCUGAGCUGUUAGAGCAGGAGUUACAGAAAGCCAGGGAAGCUGAACGGAUCGCAAAGCAAAGGCUUCUAGAACAUGGCACUACUUGCCAACCUUUACCAACAAAAAGUCUUCCUCAGGAUACUUCAGAAAAUGGUUAUGACAAUAAGAUGGUGCGACGAGAUGUAGAUACUGAAUACAAGAGGUUAUCACUGGAAAUAGAAAGGGAGAGAAUGGACUACAUUGAAAAGAGUAAACGGCUUGAAAAUCAGCUAAAUGAACUCAAAUUAGAAAUUCAGACCUUGAAACAGGAGGACCGGCAUAUGAAUACACCCUGCCUUUGGAACGGCAAUCUAAGAUCCCAAUAUAAUAUACAUGGAAGUCAUACCUUCCUGACGCAGGCAUACCAGUGGGAACCAGCAAGUCCUUUCUCCGUUUCUCCAGUUAGCCCUAUUCAUAGUUGUAUGGAUCCAGAACGGAUACCCUAUAGUGCUCCUGUCCGCAUGGUACACACAUUACCGAGCAACAUUAAUGGAAGCGAAAGAAAACAGCAUGCCAGGAAGGGAGAGAAAUGCAAUUUAGACAUCAUAUAUAUUUAAGGAUUCCUAGCACAAGGAAUAUUUCUAGAUUGCCUAAUUGCAAGCGAAACAGCACUUUUUGGUUGAGUUGGUGUGUUGCUAGGCCUUAGAUGAGCUCUUCUGGAAGAAUCGGUAAUUUGGAGCAAAAUGUGGAGUGGUACGAAGACUGACCACAUAAAACGACUGUAAAUGUGCCCUUCUGAUAAUGUAUAUAGUGUAAAUAAUGUCAUUUUAUACUAUUCUUGUGGGCCAAAGCCUAGAUGAUCAGAAGACUAAACAUAAAAGAAUAUGAACAAAGCGCAACUGCACAACAUCCAUCUGGAGGAUGAAGAUUACAUCAAUACUGGAUCUUGGUGUCAAUUGCAUAAAGCAAACAAGACUGUAAAGACUAUACAGACGCCUUCAAAUAAGUCUGACAACUCCUUUAAAAGGAAUCUGACAACAUGAUCAGGAAUUAUCAUCUGCAGUAAUACAUGAGUAGUGCUGCAGAUAAGGAGUCUGGAUCACUAUUUUUUUUUUCAUUUUCCUACUGCCCCCAGUUCCCCGCUUUCAGUGCUCAGAGCCACAUUGAAAUACACCGUUGGGACCACCAUGCAUGUGCCACCACAGCAGUCUGCACCGUGUAUUUCAGCACAGCUGAGAUCUGGCACCGGGGGACAUGGGAGCAGUAGGAAACAGACUCCUUAUCAGCAGUACUAUCUAUGUAAUACUGCAAGUAAGAGUGGCAACAGAUUCACUUUAAGAUGCAAUUGCCCAUGUGAUCAAUGCAAAAGCAUAAUAAACUACCAAUUUAAAGUAAU